GUACAAAUGAAGAUAGUAUAUGUUGAAAAGGAACAGUUAAUUAUGUCAGGUUCAGAAUUUUUUAUCAAGACAAAAGGAUCAGUUGUAAGGAACAGAAUAUCAGCUGCGUGUAUCACGUGACAUUCAAAAUUGAGAUGGAUGCUCCAGCUAAACCGGACAAGAUCAUAGAGGAGCUUGGAGGAUGUGGGCGUUAUCAAAUCCGUAUGAGCGUUAUUGUGCACGUGAUUAAAUCAAUCGUCUGCUUCAGUACUCUUUCAACUGUUAUUAUCUCGGCAACUCCGCCAUGGCGUUGUACAGACACUAUCGUUCUAAACAACAGUUCCUCGUGCCAGACUGUGCACAAUGGGUCUGAGAUAAACAUAUGCCCAUAUAAAGCGUGUACCAUUCUCAAUGACACGAAAUGUUCAAAUUUCGUUUUUGAGGGCCAUCUUAAAACAGUUGUCAGUGAGUUUGGAUUAGUAUGCGAACUCGACUAUAUCCCAAGUCUAAUAAUGACGCUUCAAGUAGCGGGACUGCUCGCCGGAAACAUCAUGGCUGGACAAUUAGCGGACUUGGUGGGUAGGAAACCCCCAUUCUUCACAUCCAUGGUCCUAAUAAUAGUUUUCAACCUUGUCGGAUUCUUGUCAGUAAACUGGGUCAUGUUUGCAGUCGCAAGAAUUUUCGUUGGCAUGGGGGCAGGAUUUUUUCUGACGACACAGUACAGUUUGUUGUCCGAAUUCUCGCUAGCAAAAUGGCGGGUUUGGAUUGUCGGGUUCCCGUCAUGGCCAAUAGAAGGCUGUGUGUUUGCUUUAUGUGCAUGGCUUUUACAGGACUGGAGAUACAUGCAGCUUCUUAUCAGCAUCAUGGGUAUUCCAUGCUUGCUUGCAUGGUUUAUCAUUCCCGAAAGCUUCCGAUGGUAUAUCGGUCACGACAAGACUGAGAAAGCGCUGGAAGUGAUCAACAAAGUCGCCAAAUAUAAUCGUCGCCAUAAGGUGGAUGUCGGCCAUCUUAUGGAGAAACCGGAAGUGAAAAAAGACCGGAAAUACACCGUUGUUGACUUGUUUAGAUCAAAAGCUCUUAUUCGAAACACUGUCCUCUCAAUAUUUAAUUGGAUGGGUUUGGGCUUGGUGUCUUAUGGCAUCAAAUAUGGAAUCCAGGCUUUGUCAGGGAACAUUUUCUUCAACUUCUUUCUCUUUAAUCUUGUCGGUAUACCGUCAAAAGGAAUUGCUCUUUGGCUUCAAAACAGGUUCGGGCGGAGACUCACGGCCAUGCUGUGUUAUACAACUGUUGGUAUUAGCGGCUUCAUUGUCGGAAUAGUGCAAACAAUUGAUGCACCGAAUCGAGAUGCUCUCACUAACGGAUUCGCCCUAUUAGCAAAUAUUGGAAUCACGACAGCCUGGGGUCCUGUACAGACGAUGACCAUUGAGCUGUAUCCAACCGUUGUCAGAAAUAUUGGAUUCGGCUCCCUUAGUGUGAUGGGUAGGAUUGGUGCUAUGAUUGGGCCCCAGUUAGUUUACUUGGAUGCGUAUAUACCCGGCUUACUCUACUAUGUAUGCGGGGGAGUAUCGGUGGUCUGUGUCAUUGGAACGUUUGGACUUCCGGAAACAAUGAACGCUGAUCUGAGUGAUAAAAUUGCUCAUAAGAACGAGAAGAAGGUCACAGAAAAUCACAUUACAAAUGGAAUAGUCUGAACACAGUGAAAUAAAUGUAUACGACAACAGUUAUUUGACAGAAUAUUUAUGGAAAUUAUUGUGCAUUUAUUCAGAAUAAUUUAUACUUUUGUAUUCGAGUUAAAUCUAACAUGUGUCCAUUUUUAAAAUGUGCACACAUGCAUAAAAAUUGCCCGUCCGCUAAAUAUGUAAUGCAAUCGUCCAAUUAUAUAGUCGUUAA